GCUGCUUCCCUGGUGGGCGGCGCCCGGGCCUUCCGGGGGGAGGGCAGCGGGAUGCGCUUUCCGGGGAGGGGCCCAGGGCAAGAUGGCGGCGGUGGUGCGGAUCCAGAGCGACUGGGACCAGGUGCUGAGGAAGAAUGAGGAGCAGGCUUGGCUAAGCUGCAGCAGCCCAGGAAAACCUACUUUGUAUGGUAAGCUGACUUGUCAGGGGGUGAGCUCAGAUGGAAUUCCUGAAGUCGUAGCCUCUGAAGGAUUUGUUGUCAGUGAAAUAACUAAGAAAAGUCUCCUUGUUUCCUGUCCUCGUGAAAAUGCCUCCACCAAAUUUCUGGCACCCUACACAACCUUCUGUAGAAUCCAUCAAAAAAGCAUUACUUGCCUUGACAUUUCUAGUGGCGGAGGACUUGGAGUAUCAACCAGUGCUGAUGGAGCUAUGAAAAUUUGGCAGGCUGCUAAUGGAGAAAUAAGAAGAUGCCUGGAAGGCCACAUCUACGAUGUGAAUUGCUGCAGAUUUUUCCCGUCAGGCAUUGUGGUCCUGAGUGGGGGGAUGGAUGCCCGGCUAAAGAUCUGGUCUGCGGAAGAUGCCAAAUGUGUGGUAACAUUUCAGGGUCACAAAGCAGGAAUUCUGGACACAGCCAUUGUGGAUCGAGGAAGGAACGUGGUCUCAAGCUCUCGGGAUGGCACUGCCCGCCUCUGGGACUGCGGGACAUCGUCCUGCCUGGGGGUUGUUGCAGAUUGUGGCUCACCAGUCAAUGGUGUCGCUUUGGGCGAGGCCGACAACACCUUAAACUUGGGCUCUCCGGAAAAAACACCUAGUGAGCGUGAAAUCGGAACAGAAGGGAAACUCCUGCUGUUGGCUCGAGAGGACAAAAAGCUGCAAGGGGUGGGGCUGCAUAGCAGGCAGCCGGUUUUUCUGUUUGUUGGCUCGGAUGCCUUUAAUUGCUGUACGUUCCUCUCCAACAUCUACCUCCUUGGCGGGACGCAAGACGGAAAUAUAUACCAGCUGGAUGUGCGAAACACCAGGGCUCCAGUUCGUGUUGUCCAUAGAUCAGGAGCGCCAGUUCUUUCUCUGCUCCCUUUUAGAGAUGGAUUUAUUGCCAGCCAAGGUGAUGGAACCUGCUUUAUUAUGCAGCAAGAUCUCGAUCAUGUGACUGAGCUCACUGGGCCAGACUGCGACCCCGUAUACAAGGUGGCCACAUGGGAAAAAGAGGUGUACACAUGUUGCAGAGAUGGAAUAGUGAGGAGAUACCAGCUUUCAAACCUCUGACUUUAUGAAAGCCAUGAACACUGCGCUAUGAAUGCUGGAUGCACUUCAGGGAUUACUUAAACACCUAUUUGAAACAAGUCAUACAUCCGUGUCCCCUGUUUCCAGGACUUUGUACGGUAGCGUGAAUGGAGCACGCUGGUGUGAGAUGUAGGGACCACGUUGAGACAGCACCCUAGAUCAAGCUGUAGGUAACCUUCCUGCCAAGAGAUGUGAACACAGCACCUCUGAAAGUUUAACGCCGUUUCCCUGCGCCGAACAGCACGGAAAGUUUGUUGGGUCAAUAGUGCCCUUUUUGUAUUUUCAAAAGUGUUUUUGAUAUCCACUGUGGGGCUGGUGGUUGUUCCUAAGUGAGGGGGAAGGAGCUGAUGUGAGCGAGGAAAAGGGAGGCCAGCAGGUGUCAAUAGAAAGGGGUGCGUUGGAAUAACCCCUGCUCAGGCUUGCCUGCUUGUCUUGAGCUGCAAACUGCAGCAACCUUUUGUUUCCAUCUCAUGCCCUCCUUGCAGAAUUACUCGUCUGUGGCAAUUCUCACCGCCCACCAGUAAGCAGUCUGCUAGUUGUAAGUUUCCAUCUUAAAAUAAAACUGAUUUGAUCUCAAACUAUUUGCCCAAUUAAGUUGAUUCUCUCAGGAGCAGCCCUCAUUGAUUUUCUUUUUAAUCCUCUUCUCUUACCGUUCUUCGCUUGCCAUUGAUCUUUGAUUCCCAACAACCAAUUGCGGAGGGUUGUUUUUUAUCAUUUGAGGCUCUCACCAGGCCUCCUUUCAUCUUUGACAAGAUGAAAAUAGGGUUCAGCUCUCUCAUCUGACCUCAACACGGAGCACAAAAAUUACUUUUCAGAAGCUACACAGGAAGAGCAGCUUGUGGGGUCUACUGCAGUCUGGCGGGACCGAAACACUCUGUUUUCACUAAACUAUGUUUAUACCCUGCCCUAUCCAAAAGACAAGAGUAGAUAACAACAAAAUAAAAGAAACAAAAUAGUUCAAAUUCAAAUGAAACAGCUAAAGAUAUGAGAAUUAAAUUCUUCAAUCUGCCAUUACGUUUGCUAGUGACGACGGGAGUUGGUAGUUCAGCAACAUCUUGCUUGGAGGGCCAUAACUUCCCCACCUGCCGUAACUUAACAAAAAACAAAAUCGCAGCAUCAGUUCCUGUAACUUCUUUGUUGCUGGAGAGAGUGAUCGGUUGGGAAUCUGAUACAAGAUGCCAAGGCAGUGGAAGUUGCUCCCGGUACCAGUCACCACACGGAAGCAGCUUAAGGUCCGAAUGGUUUACUGUUGUGGAAGAUAAGGCUCAGUAAAACAGUUCUGGAUAUAGAUACAGACAUAUACAGAUACAUACAAGUACAAAGUAUAUAUGUUCCUCCAUAUGUUGUUGUUGUUGUUUAGUUGUUUAGUCGUGUCCGACUCUUUGUGACCCCAUGGACCAGAGCACGCCAGGCACUCCUGUCUUCCACUGCCUCCUGCAGUUUGGUCAGACUCAUGUUGGUAGCUUCGAGAACACUGUCCAACCAUCUCGUCCUCUGUUGUCCCCAUAUGAAUGUUGUUCCUCCAUAUAAAUCCUAGCAAUUCACUGUACAACACCGGAUAAAUAA